AUGAAAUCAAAUUAUUCAAUUAUUUUUAUAUUUUUACUUAUUAGUUUAGUUUUAUCUAUUAUAAUUUUUACUUUAUCUUUUAUAUUAAUUCAACAAAAAGAUGAUUUAGAAAAAUUAACUGCAUAUGAAUGUGGUUUUAAUCCUUAUGAUGAUGCAAGAAAAGUUUUUGAUGUUAAAUUUUAUUUAAUUGCUUUACUUUUUAUUGUUUUUGAUUUAGAAGCUGUAUAUGUAUUUCCUUGGGUUUUAACAUUAAGCUCGAAUUUUUCAUUAGGAUUUUGGACUAUGAUUGAAUUCUUAAUUGAAUUAGUUGUAGGUUUUAUAUAUGUAUGGUGUAGUGAUGCACUUGAAUGGGAUUAA